AGCGCAGCGCCGGGCGCUGCGGAAUCCGCGGCGGGCGUGGGCAGCCUGGACGGCCGCCUUCUCGAGCCUCAGCAGGGGCCUGCCCAGGGGAGGGGUCCAGGUUCUGCUGACCUCUAAGAAGCAUCUGGAAGGAGCCGGAGGCAUCCAGGACUUGAAGCUGCAGGACCGGGCACCUCCUUUGCUUGGGGUUCCUGUGGCCCCCACCGCCGACUUGCAGAGCCGUGUUCAGCCUCACUGCCAGCCGUCCCUCCGCAGCCAGUCACUCCCUGGCACAGGGUCGCAGCGCCGGGUCCCACAUGGAGUUUAGAAUCGCACACACGUGGGACGGCCUCCCCGUGACGCAUGAGCCGGCCUGCGUGCGGCUGCACCCCCAGAGUGCAGGGGUGGUGCUGGAGGUCACUGCCCCGCUCUUCAACGACCCUCCUGCCCCCACUGGAGCCCCGGGGCAGCCCUUCAGUGGACUGUGGGACUAUGAAGUUGUGGAAGCAUUUUUCUUGAAUGACCUGACUGAACAGUAUUUAGAAGUUGAGCUUUGUCCUCACGGGCAGCAUCUGGUGCUUCUCCUCUCUGGAAGAAGGGACGUGUGGAAGCAGAGCCUCCCUCUGUCCUUCCACGUGUCCAGGCGGGAGACGGCCUGGGAAGGCAGAGCUCAUCUUCCCUGGAGCUACUUUCCCUCCGGCGUGAGCAAGUUCAAUGCCUUUGCCAUCCACGGGUCGGCGGCUGACAGGCGCUACGAGGCGCUGUACCCGGUGCCUCAGCAGGACGUGCGACCGGGACAGACGGCCGACUUCCACCGCCUGGAGUACUUCCAGCCUCUCAGUUUUAACGCGCUGCUCGGGGAAGAGUGGAAGCAACCGGAAUCAGACCUGUGGCCUGCGGUGUAGAUGUCCACGUCGUUGCCCCUCCCUGCCCCUCGCCAGGAGGCCUGGCCACAGCCUGUCCUCCUGGGCCACUCUAGCCAGGCAGUGUGCGAGCCGGUGAGAAAGCAGGACGUUCGUUAGUGCUUCUGUCAUAAGGUGAGGAUAGUUCUGAGUCCCCUGGUUCUCGUGCCCGGUGACUCCGGGGUCCCCCAUCCCCCGUGGCUUCAUCUAGUCAUCUGUUCUCGGACACUCGAGCUGCUUCCAGGUCCUGCUAUCGAUUGCAAGUGUCCUUUCACAGAAGAGUGUCAGGGCCCUUGAGAAGGAUGCCGAGAAGGAAGAACGCUGGUGCGUACGAAAACUUGAUUCCCAGGUUUCUUGAGAGGUGAGCGAUGACAUUUCUGUCGGGAAGGAGGAUGUGCAGAUGUCUCCACCUCGUUCUGAAGCAGUCAGACAGGCGGGGAGCAGGACUCUCCAGGGUUGUGUUGCAGUGCGGGUCUGAGCCUGGAGCCCCCUCCCCCGCCCCCACCAGGCUCCCCGAACACAGCUGCACCCAGGCCCUUGCCGUGGCCUGAACCCACUGCAGCGCCGGCGUGCAGCAAACCAACCCUCAAGACUCCUGCCAGGGCUUGUUCCCGUCAGCCGCGGACUGGACGCUGCAGGGCCUUGGUGCAGAAGUGACACAUCUCAGCGUCCUCUGCAGAUGGAAGGGCGUACCCAACACUCAGGCUGCGAGACGUGGACACAGUGUUCUCUGGGUCUUCUCUGAAACAGUGCUUUGGGGAUGAAAAACCAGCAGCUGCUCCCUUCCAGCCUCCUGUCCUUCCCUCUUCCCUGAGUGAUUGCAUCAAUGCUUGAACUGACACUCUUAAUUAUGGCAUCGAUGCGUGAGCUGACACUCUUAUGACUCUGUCAGUGAGGAGACACGAGGAGCCGUCUCUGAGGAGGAGGGGGAGAGGGCUGAGUUCCUGGCAACUCGUCAGCCCGGAUUUCCUCCCUGCACAUGUAUUCACUCGGGACAAAAUAAACAACACAAUUCAUGUCUCAAAUUCAGGAAGGGACUCCGUGCAAACCCAAUGAGAAAUGUCACAAGGUUCUGGUGGAAAUGGACAAGUCAUGUCAAAUUUUGUAUGGGAAUGCGAAGGACCUCGAAAAAGGAGUAAAGUUGAAGGGUUCGUGCUGCCAACUUCAAGUGAUUCAACUUAGUAGGCAUCAGAAGUGAUGAUAGUGUCACAAUCUAUUUAUAUAUGCCAGAUAUAGAAAUGAGCGUAUCAACGCAUCACCAGAAUAAAACAGAGAAAUCAGGAAGAGAACUGU